GUGUGUGCGUGUUUUCGCUUCCCGCAGGGAGGAGGGGAAGUCAGCUUCACGCACGUUCGGGAUUUACGGUGAUCGGAGCUCAGUCAAGGCCGCGGUUUGUUGGAUUUGUGUGUCAACAGUGCGCUUUUUCUUUGUUGUCAUCUCCCCGGUGCCUCCACCUCCUUCGUCCCUCCCCGGGCCCUCCCCACCCCCCAGCGUCACCUAUACUAUCCAGCCGAUGAUGCGACGGCCUGAGCCCGGGGAGGAUCAAUGCGGCCCCCUUCCCUAGGAUGUCAACCGAGGACAAGAGCUUAGAGUCCCCCAGUGAGCAGCCCGGGCCCCUGGCCCCAGCCAGCCCAGCAGCCACGGACAAAAGACCCCGGGGCCGCCCCCGAAAGGAUGGUGCCUCCCCCCUACAGAGGACCCGUAAGAAGCCUCGAAACAGAGGAAAAACUUCAUUGGAGGAUGAAGAUAGCAUGGAUGGGCUGGAGGCAGCAGAAAGUGACAACUCUGCAGACACAGAUGUUAAAGAACAACCUGUUGAGGAUGGAGCACAAACUGAGGCAGCCAGCACUGAGCAGCUAACACCUGUUUUACAGCGCACCUUAUCGGAGGAGUCUGUGUUCUCCACUGUUUCUGUGGGAGUUGAAGCCAAUACCAGGUCUGUGUGUAUAUUGAAGAUGGAUGCUGAGUCAGUGAUGGGGGAAGGGCUUGUGUUGGUGAAUAAUGAGUUUUGCUGGGAGUGGGAUUUGUGCUCAGAUGUGUAA